UGAUAAAUUGAUAUUUAUGAUAAAUUGUCAUUUAAGGCGCGUUCACGGAGAUGUUGUGUCGAAUAUGUCGCGCUCGUUCACAGUCAGCGGCGCAAGAUGGCGGUCCCUACGAAACAGUAUGGGCUGAUCUUGCCCCAGAAGAAAGGCGCAUCAAAGAACACAAUCCUGCAGAAACCCUCCGUGUUUGGGGAUGACUCAGAUGAUGAGACCUCAGUUGGGGAGAGUCUGCAGAGAGAAGCUGUCAAAAAGAAAAUGAUGAAGCAGACACGCUUGGAGAUGCAGAAGGCCCUGGAACAGGACAGCACUGUGUAUGACUAUGAUGCUGUGUAUGAUGACAUUCAAAACCAGAGAAUGGAGAGCAACAAGAAAGUUCUGAGUGGUGCUGACAGAAGGCCAAAGUAUAUCCACCAGUUAAUGAGAGCGGUCGAGGACCGAAAGAAAGAACAGGAGCGAAGGGAGGAGAGGAAGAUCCAGAAGGAGAGGGAGGCAGAGGGAGAGCAGUUUGCCGAUAAAGAGGCUUACGUUACCUCCGCCUACAAGCAAAAACUGCAGGAGCAGAAGGAGGCUCAGGAGAGAGAGAAGAGAGAGGCAGAAAUGGAAGCUGCUUUGGAUGUGAAGAAACAAAAAGACCUCAGUGGGUUCUACCGACACCUGCUGAAUCAGACUGUUGGAGAGGAGGCGAUACCAGAUCGCUCUGCAAAUAAAACUCAAACCUCAAAUGUUUCAAAAGACACAGAGAGGACUUCACCUGUUCCCUCAUCUACGUCUCAUGAUAAUAUCCCAAGUUCAUGUAGCGACAAUGAGGAGACUCAAGAGCAGAAGUCUGGGUUUAGCAAGCCUGCAGCAGGCUCUGCCCACUCCAAACGCCAGUACAGGCAGAGGUCGCCUUCAUCAGGGAGCGGAGAGGAGAAGGAGAAAGAGAGGGAGAGAGACAGACAUAAGAAGAGCCACAGAGAUCAAGACAGAGACAGAGGGAGGGACAGGGACAGAGACAGAGACCGAAACAGGGAAAGAGAAAGGGAUGACAGACAUGGCGGAAGAAGAGACGACAGGGAUAGGAGGAAAGACAGAGACAGCGGCAGAGACAAUGACAGAGGCAGAGGCAAAGGCGACACAGAGAGGGAAGACAGGCAUGGGAAGAGGGAGAGGAGCAAAGAAAGAGACAGACAUAAGAACGGGGAACGAGAGAGGAGGAGGGAUCCAGACGAAGACAAGUGGAAGGACAAAGAUCGGGAAGAAGAGAAGGAGAGGAGGAAGGAACCAGAGAAGGUGAGGAAGAGGGAAGAGAAAGAUCCAGAGAAGAAGGAAGCUGCGAGGAAAGACGGAAAGGAAAAGGAAGACGAACAGAGACGGGAAGGCGAGGAGAAGGAGGAAAUGGAGAAGGCGAACAAGUUUGCGAAGCGCAGCACGGAUCAGACUGUGAGUUCUGCGAGAGACCGGUACAUGGCCCGACAGAUGGCCCGCUCAGCCUGUAAGACCUAUAUAGAGAAGGAGGAGGACUGAGAACAUCCCUGACCUGCGCACAAUAAGAGGACAAGGCCACUGUUAUUUUAUGUUUUGUUUUGUUUUUUAUGCAACAAAUCCCACGGAAAGACAAAACCGACAAUGAGUUAGCUGCUUCUUCUGCCCUGAUACCCACACUGGUCACAAGUGUAAAGUUUAUUUGAUUUCUGUGGAGGAGCAGUCACCAGUCUGAGGCAUAAAAUCUAUCAGGCUUUCACUACACACACAGUAUUUAGUCAGUAGGAUCAAUGCCUUGUUGGUUUGUUUGUUUUCAUGGGAUCCGUGACAAUAUGAAAUAAAAUGGAAUAUUGCCAACCUCAUCCUGUAACGUUUGACUUCAUCGUACACUGCAGCGCACAGACUGAACAGCAGAGUGUGCUCAUGGUCUUAGUUAAGAGAAGGUUUACUUAAGUGGGGACAUUCUUCUACUACUUCUCAAGUGUUCACAUAUAUUGGCCCGAAAAAUGAGAGAGACCUGAACAAUAUCUCUUGAAUAUGUGGAUUUUUGAUCUCUCAUUGUGAAAUAAGAAUGUUGUAAAUAUUUAAUAAGAGUUUUGAGCCUCUUGUAACACUGCAUAAAGAAAAUGAGUGUAUAUAGGAAAUGUUAUCUUAUGGUUAGUUGGAAAGAUGGAUGGAUGGAAUGAGGCGUGAACCAUUGAUGUGUUGUUGUGUUUGAUCACUUUUGUAUCUUUCUGGUGUAGUCAGUGAUGAGCUAAUAAAAUCAUUUCUGUUCCA